UAACAAGAACGAACCAUGUCUGACUCUGCGUAGAUGGUCAACUUCUUCCCAUCAAGAAACAGGACUCCAAAGAGGUUGAGGGCGCUGGACCUCGCCUGCUUCCACUGUCCACCAGGCAAAGCGAGAGCGCUGCAAGACUUGCUGUCUCAAGGACGACAAGCCGACUCUCCAUCGAGCGGUAUCUGAAUGCUCCUCUCGAGGAUGAACCCGCGUCUGUCCCUGCUAUCAAAGCAGCUCUUCAAAGGCAGUCCUCCGGCAACACUCUCCAUGCUCGAGUUCAUAGUCACUCUGGCCACUCGAGAGAGAGUUCGUUUGAACAGCAAUCCGAUGGUAGAUGGACUGCGAAAGCACCUGCAUCUACAGGGACAUCAUACAGUCUGGUCUCUAAGACAGACUUAACGCCCGUCCAUCGUCGGCGGAACAGAUCACGCGCGAAUCUGCCGGUUUUCUCCCCUGAAGAUAUGGAGUACGAUGCUGCCAAGAUGUCAUCGCCGGAACGGCCCACCACGAGUGGAACUGUGGAUGUUGAAGAGACCUGGGCCGACCAGAUGGAGCAUUUCAUCUCGGGCUACGAGAAGGCGGCUGACGCGCAUUAUCGAAUGAGGGCCGAGCAAGAGAUUGCAAGGAUUCAAGACAAGGCAAGGCGGUUAGAAGAGCAGAUUCGCAGAUACCAUGCCGAAAUGGAUGCUCCUGAACCAUUUGUGAGCAGAGUCACUGACGACGUGGCGUACCAGCAGAUGGCCUCGAAGCCGAAAUUGGCUUGGAUCCUAGGCGAAGAUGCGUCAGACGCCAAAUCCAUCGAGAGACCGAAAUCAAGUGGGAGUAUACUGACAGGCACGACGGAGGCACCCGAACGGCCGACCACAAGCGGCACUGUGGGCAGUGUCCCAUCAAGAAUUCCACGAAGAACGAAAUCCAGCGGCACUUUGGACGCUAGAGUUCGGCAGGAGGUCAUUGAGAGAAAAGCCGACAGCGGAGUAGAGCGGAAACCCAGCAAGCGGUCGAAGUUCUACUGCACUUUCUGCCUCAAGCGCUUCCACGGUAAAUUGGAGUGGAUGCGUCAUGAACAGACUAUCCACAUGCCCGAGGAACUCUGGGUCUGUUGUCCUCGGACAGGAGAAUUUCCUGAACGGUGUCCUUUUUGCGCGAAGAGCAACCCAAGUCCAUCACACCUUGCCGACCACAACUAUCUUUCCUGUCAAGAGAAGCCCCUUUCGGAGCGUACUUUCAGCCGGCAAGAUCAUUUUCUGCAACACAUUUCCCAAGUACACAAAGUCAGCCCGGGACAAAAGCCAGUUCGCCUGACUGAACUGCUUACAGCCUGGAGACAUCCAUUGCCCUUGAAAAGGGGUCACCAGGCGCUGCACUGCGGGUUCUGCGGCACCACCUUUGUGUCGUAUAGGGAGCGCACUGAGCAUGUCAGCAGACAUUUCUUGGAAGGAUUCGACAUGAUGUCUUGGUGGGAUGAGCGGGUCAGCCAUGAAGUGCCAGACCCGAGACCAAGUGAAGCCAUGCGUCGUAACCCUAAUCUACCGCACAAAUGCUUAUACUGCGAACGAGUAUAUGAGAGUCUUGCAGUUGCCCAGAAACUACACUCAGUCUGCACUAUGUGGUCGUGUAGCUUCCUCCCAGGAAUGCAAUAUACGAUCUACCCGGCCGGUUCCAAAGACAAUAUGCGAGCCGUCUGUUGCUACUGCAAUGAUAAUCUCGUCGAGGGCGCAGGAAAGGUCAAAAGCGCAGUGUUGAAGGAACAUAUCAAUCAGCACAACUUUCGGAAGUGUAAUCAGAGGCUCUAUUUCUCGGGCCAGCGGUUUCGACAGCACCUGCAGGACAGUCAUAAAACCAGCUAUGACGGGACACUAUCCGCCGGUUGGCCUCUGCUGCUGAAAUCAUGCCGAAGAUGCAAGCCGUCCGUUUUUGAAGCCCUCGCGGGAUCAGUCGAGGCCAGGCGAGCAUAUACCGAUCCCGGAAUGACUGGAGCCAAGCCGCUGCUACCCCAACUACCAGUGCCCAAGUUGAACUUCAUGGAUCUCUCAGAGACACCUCUGCAGCCAAAGGCGCCGAAGCGGAAACUGCGUCGUAAGGCAUCGGCGCAAACGGUGCCCGAGGGGAAGAGUCGGGAAAUUCGCGACUCUACGCACAUCUUCACGCGAGCAGCAACCGUUGAACUCGUAUAUGGGAAAACUGCCUCCCCUUCACCCCGUCUGGACGGGAUGCCUGGGGGAGGCCCAUCGUCGUUCCAACACAAGCCUGGGUUCCCUCAAUCGUCACUGCCUGUGGACGGAGUGAAGGCGUGCCCACAGUUUUAUCGACGCAGACUGGAUGCGUCGACGCGGAAUCGAGUUUACAUCAGGCACGGAGACGAUGGAGCGCUCUCCACCAAUGCGCAGAAGCUGUUCAGGAAGGUGCCCGGAAGUCUAUUCGGGGGACUGGUGCUGCACAGCUCGCUGGUAGGAGCCGUGCCAGUGAGGAUGACGAACUCGGUCGACAUCUAUUCCCUUCAUUAAAUGCUUCUUGCAUUUCCUGGGAAUAUAUCGGACAAACUUUGUACCUAUGCUCCUGGAGAGGACGUCACUAUUACUUGCGGGUAUCUGAGACAUCUAUCUUGGAACCCACUGGACCUGCAUCGCACGUGGCUACGGCCCUUCGCCAACCCUAUCCCGUUACCGCUCCUUCCGCUCACCCUAGAUUACACAGUACAUCGGCCAAGUUCGGUCCAACCAGCGAUGGCGGCCGUUGUCGGUCACAGGAGUCAUGUCCCGGCUGACAAACCGUCGAACCGUACUUUGGGUCCUUGCC